UAAACUGAACUUCUCUCUCUCUAAAAACAAACUGAACUUUUCUCUUUUGCUGCUCUGUUAACCUUGACUGUCUCAUUGUCUCUUUCCUAUAUCGCCUUCACCGCCUUCAACCUUCCUUACCCUCCGCAGUUCAUCUAGGCCAGGCAGCUCCUCCACUCCGGUGACCCUCCCCAUUAUUUGUAAAAUUAUAUUCAAACAAUCUGAAGAGAAUACACAUGCUUGUCAACUGUAAUCUCUUCAGAUUGUUGCACCCACACGCACACCACCUGUUUGAAGUAUUGUCACUUAGAAAAUCCGUCCUCAAAAUCAAUAACUAGGUUGCAUUUCAAGAACUUGGGUUUGUUUGGUUACGCAUUCACUUCUUGUUUUCCAAAAAAAUUACCAGCUUUAUCUAUGUUUUUUAAUGAAUGAAUUUGGAAAGUUUAAGAAUUUUCCAUAUUCAAGAGAGACUUUAAGGUUGUCUGGUGGCAUAUAAAAUGAUAAAGAGUUUGGUCCUUCCUUGCAAAGCUUUGAAAUUCCCCUUGGAGAAGUUUGAAGGGCAUAAGCAAUUAAGGUGCAAAGGACCUAAGAUGGAGCUCACUCUAACACAACCUGAUGAUUGGCAUCUUCAUCUCCGUGAUGGCGACCUUCUUGAAGGGGUUGUCUCUCACAGUGCAAGUCAUUUUGGAAGGGCAAUAGUGAUGCCGAAUCUGAAGCCCCCCAUCACCACCACAGCUGCUGCUGUGGCUUAUCGAGAAUCGAUCUUGAAGGUUCUGCCUGUCAAUAGCAACUUCACUCCACUUAUGACACUUUAUUUGACGGAUAAAACAAACCCAGAAGAGAUCAAGCGUGCUAGAAGCAGUGACGUUGUUUUUGCUGUGAAGUUGUACCCUGCUGGUGCUACGACAAAUUCUCAAGAUGGGGUUACAGAUCUUUUUGGCAAAUGUCUACCCGUGCUUGAGGAGAUGGCUGAACAAAACAUGCCUUUGUUGGUUCAUGGGGAGGUUUCGGAUACCAAUGUUGACAUAUUUGAUCGUGAGAAGGUAUUUAUUGAAACUAUUUUAAAACCUUUAGUCCAGAGGCUUCCUCAGCUGAAGGUAGUGAUGGAACAUAUCACUACCAUGGAUGCUGUUAGGUUUGUGGAGUCCUGCAAAGAAGGAUCUGUAGCCGCAACUGUUACUCCACAGCAUCUUCUUCUCAACAGAAAUUCCCUCUUUCAAGGAGGAUUGCAGCCACAUAAUUACUGCCUUCCAGUACUCAAAAGAGAGAUCCACAGAGAUGCUAUUGUUGCCGCUGUGACUAGUGGAAGCAAAAGAUUUUUCCUUGGAACUGAUAGUGCUCCUCAUGAGAGACGAAGGAAAGAAUGUCCUUGUGGAUGUGCUGGUAUAUACAAUGCUCCAGUUGCCUUAUCACUGUAUGCAAAGGUCUUUGAAGAUGCUGGUGCACUUGACAAGCUAGAGGCGUUUACAAGCUUCAAUGGACCAGACUUCUACGGGCUUCCAAGAAACACAUCAAAAAUAAAAAUGGCCAGGACUCCAUGGAAGGUACCAGAGUCUUUCUCCUUUGCUUUUGGAGAUAUCAUUCCAAUGUUUGCGGGCGAAACACUUGAGUGGCAGCCAUCCUUCAUGUAAUUUAAAUUUUAUUGAUUUUGGUAUUUUGUUGUCUCUUAUUUAUCUUUUUUAAAUAGACUGGUGUAAUGGAAUUAUGACUUCAUGUAACUUUUUCUGGUUAAAAUUAGAAGUGGACCAAAUUUGGUCCUCUUUGAAGUUAUAAUGUACUAAAAAGUUAAUUUUUAAAAAGAAA